AUGACCGAACGACAGCCGAGGCAGCAGCAGCAGCAGCACCAGCGUCCCGGAUCCUGCCGAUGGGUGCGACCGGUCUGGCUGCCGACCGGCGGUGGAUUAUUGCUGUGGCUGGGACUGCUGACGAUGUUUGUCAAGGGAAGCCCCGAGUCCCAGCGCGGCAACGAGCACGAGCUGAAGCCGAGCUUCGCAGGGCCGAUCGAGAACGUGACAGUUCCUAUAGGUAGAGAGGCGACACUCAGUUGCAUUGUACAAAACUUAGGUGCCUACAAGGUCGGCUGGAUGCGAGCCUCCGACCAGACGGUCCUGGCCCUCCAGGGACGGGUUGUGACGCACAAUUCGCGCUACAGCGUGACGCAGGAGGAGCACGACGUUUGGCGGCUCAAGAUACGCAACGUGCGCGAAUCGGACCGAGGUUGCUACAUGUGUCAAAUAAACGUCACGCCACUACAGAAGCAGGUGGGCUGUGUGGACGUACAGCUGCCACCGGAUAUUUCGGACGACCAGUCGUCCUCGGACCUGACCGUCCGCGAGGGAGGCAACGCAACGUUCUUCUGUCGCGCCACAGGACAUCCGGCACCGAAGGUAACCUGGCGGCGGGACGAUGGCAGCCCGCUCUACCUGCAUCGCAACGGGUCGGAACUGCGCAAAGUCGAUCAACACGUUGGCAUCUUCCUGAAUCUGACGCACGUCAGCCGGAAGCAGAUGGGCGCCUACUUGUGCAUUGCCUCGAACGAGGUCCCGCCGGCCGUCAGCAAACGUGUCUAUCUCAACGUGCACUUUGCCCCGAAUGUGACGACGACGAAAACGUUGCUCGGUGUGUACGAGGAAGCGGACAUCGAGCUGGAGUGUGCGGUGGAAUCGUUCCCCCGGUCGGUCAACUACUGGACGAAGGUGGCGAAGGUCGGCCGAAGCACCUCCGGACCUGGUGGUGCCGCCGGCCCGGGCGGGAUCACCGAUCACCACCCGCAGGAGGUGAUGCUGAACGGUGAACGGUACGAGAUCCGCGAGCAGCACUACGGCAGUCUGUACGCGGCGAAGAUGACGCUACGGAUCCGCAGCUUCUCCGCGGCCGACGCCGGCAGCUACAUGUGCAUAUCAUCGAACGCCUUCGGCAAGGCCAAUCGAACGAUCCGGGUUUACGAGAUCAAACGACCCACGACGACCACCACAACAACGACGACGACUACAACGACCACCACUACCACUACGACAACUCCGGCCCCGCCACCGAAAGAAGAACUGCCCCGCAGAAGGACAACCGUGAUGGGCCCGAGGCACCCGCACGACACGACGCCCUAUCCACCGACGGGAUUCAUCAUCGAGUACAUCACCUACUCGCCGACCCUGGUCGAGUACGGGAAGGACGGUGAGACCCACAUCACCUAUCCGCAGCUGACGGCCUACUCCAAAUCGUCCUCCCCGUCGUCGUCCUCAUCGUCAUCGUCCUCUUCCUCGGCGAACCAGCACGGGUCGUCGUCCUCGUCGGCGCCCUCCACCGUCACCCUGCUCGGGGGCCGCUGGACCGCCGGGACGCUCGGGGGCUCCCUCAGCCCCACCGUGUGCCGCGGGCUGGAGGAGAGAUUUAUGAGCAUUUUGAUCGUGACAGCCCUGUCCUGCGUGUCCUUCUUUCGCCACUUUCAAAUCUAUCUUCCGUGGAUUACGCUUUUUCUGCUGCUCGUCCUGAUCGGCCGCAAGCCGAAGGAGAAACCGAUGCCGUCGGCCGAGCUCGUCUUCCGCCACGGGCCGCUGUGA